AUGUCUGUUUCUCAACGACAACACUCCCUGGGCAGCCUCAACGGCCGUUCGCUUACACCCAGCCAAAGAAUUACCAUUGCGAACAUCGAAGACCUGGCGAAAAAGCUCGAUCCGAACUAUACUCUCAACGCGGGCGUGAACUUCGUGCUGAACAGCAUCAACGAUAAAGACAACGAUGUAGACGUUGUUCGCCAUGUCAUCACCCUUACGCUGCCAAAUGGUACCGAGAAGCAAGGCAAUCAGUUGAAUUAUAUUGCGAAAGCUUUGGACGAUCUCAAGGAGAGAUUGGACGAUGAUGUUUUGAGGAAGGAAAGGUCGGGGUAG